AUGGAGGUUGCAAAGGUUAGCAUGCUUAACGAUCUUAAUACAUUCUCAAACAACUAUUCGAUUAGAGUGAAGAUUGUUAGCAUUUCGAAGAAGAUGAUGAAUAAUAACAAAAAUGAAAUAUAUCGUCUUGAUAUGAUCUUCAUGGAUGAGAUGGAAACUAUGAUUCAAGCCAGUUGUUUGCAUAAGAUGCUAGGAAAAUUCAAGGAAUUUCUUCAGUUGGAUGAAUGUCUUCUUAUCACCAAACCUUCUCUUGCUACUAAUAAGUCCUCUGCUAAGUAUACCAAGAGAAAUGACAAAAUAUCACUGUAUUUCUAUACUUCUGUUGAGAAAUGCUUUGACUGGUCUGGACCGAAAUACCGUUUUAAUUUCGUUAACCUCAAGGAUGUUGUUAAAAAUAAAUUUGAAGUUAAUACAGUUAUUGAUUGGAUUGGUUAUGUGGAUGUAUGUUUCAAUCUAGAGGAUACGUCAAAGAAGGAUGGGAGCAAGGGCAAGAGACUUAAUCUUAGACUUGAAGACAUUGAAGGCCAAAAGUGUCCGCUUACUUUGUGGGAUGGUUUUGCUAUUGACAUGUUUGCUUACAUGAAUGAUAAGAAACGAGAAAAAUAUGUUGUUAUCCUUUGUCAUUUUGGUAUGGUCAACCUUUACAAAGGCAAGCGUGGUGUUGCAAACGGCUUUGAGCUAAGCAGACUUUUUAUUGACACUGACAUUAAAGAGAUAUCCUCUUUUAGGAAGAGUGUUGAAGAUGAGUUUCUUAAUAACCCUGAUUUCAUGCUUAUUGGUUUCCUUGGAACCAUAUCAACGACAAAGAAGGUUUUGGUUGUUGGCACAAUUACAGCUAUAUGCACUAAUAAACUUUGGUAUUACAAUGGUUGUAACCACUGUAAGUCAGGUGUGGAGGAAAGAUUUGUAACGAAAGAAAAUCCGGAUGGUUUAUCUGAUGUUUAUCAUGAAAAAUUGUUGGUGUGUACAAAUGAUAAAUGUGAAGGAGUCGACAUCUAUUCUAUUCCCCGAUUCAAGAUACCUAUUAGGGUGCAAGACUCUUCCGGUAUUGUGUCUUUGACACUGUUUGAUUUUGAAGCUUACAAGAUUCUUCAGAAAACUGCCAAAGAGUUAGUUUCAAUUCAAGAUCAGGUUGAAAACUAUGGUAUUUCAAUGGCCACUAACGAUGAUGAGAUCCUUUCCGCGCUCUGCACCAAAUUCAAUCUUAACCAGGUCUAA